AUGCGUAACUGUCAAAUAAAACUGAUGUCAUGCAGGUGGCGCAUUAAAUGCGUGGCUUAUCCGGAUAGAUCACUGAACACCGCUCACCUUAUCCACAAUAUUUCCACUUUCAAGGUUGGAGAAACGAAAGUACGAUCACGUCAGGAGCCCCUUCUUAGUGAACUGUUAAAAUUGGGUCCAAGAGAAGAAUACCAGCAAGUGCUAGAACACAUUGAUGGCCUUCAGUUCUUCUCAGAGCCAAACUACGAAUUCAUUUAUGGGACUUUACGUAAGGCAAUGAAGAAAAACGACUUGAAAGAAUUCCCUUAUGAUUGGGAGAAAGAAAGCUCGUGA